CUGCGUGGAUGAUCAGUGUAGUGGAAGCAGGGACUUGCUGAGAGCUGAAAUCUCUGUUUGAUUUGCUGUAACAUGUAAAGCGAAACUGGGACAUUUUACUUUACAGUCUAUUAAAGGUUGUACAAAGCUUAAAAGAAGCAGCAACCCUAUUCACUUGUUAUUGGACUUGAAACUCCUUUGACCUCGGAAACUGAAGAUGAGGUUGCCAUGGGAACUGCUGGUCCUGCAGUCCUUCAUGUUGUGCCUUGCAGAUGACUACACGCUGCAUGGCCCGAUUUUCAUUCAAGAGCCAAGUAAUCUAAUGUUCCCUUUGGAUUCUGAGGAGAAAAAAGUGAAGCUCAAUUGUGAAGUUAAAGGGAAUCCAAAACCUCAUAUCAGGUGGAAGUUAAACGGAACAGAUGUUGACAUGGGUAUGGAUUUCCGCUACAGUGUUGUGGAAGGCAGCUUGCUGAUCAAUAACCCCAAUAAAACCCAAGAUGCUGGAACAUACCAGUGCAUAGCAACAAACUCGUUCGGAACAAUUGUCAGCAGAGAAGCAAAGCUUCAGUUUGCUUAUCUUGAAAACUUUAAAACAAGAACAAGAAGCACGGUGUCUGUCCGUCGAGGUCAGGGAAUGGUACUCCUGUGCGGCCCGCCCCCUCAUUCUGGAGAGCUGAGCUAUGCAUGGAUCUUCAAUGAAUACCCUUCCUAUCAGGACAAUCGCCGCUUCGUUUCUCAAGAAACUGGGAACCUGUACAUUGCCAAAGUAGAAAAAUCAGAUGUUGGGAAUUAUACCUGUGUGGUCACCAACACUGUCACAAACCACAAGGUCCUAGGACCACCCACGCCCCUAAUACUGAGAAAUGAUGGCGUGAUGGGUGAAUAUGAGCCAAAAAUAGAAGUACAGUUCCCAGAAACGGUCCCGACCGCAAAAGGAGCAACGGUGAAGCUGGAAUGUUUUGCUUUGGGAAACCCGGUACCAACUAUUACCUGGAGAAGAGCUGACAGCAAGCCAAUAGCAAGGAAAGCGCGAAGACACAAGUCCAAUGGGAUUCUUGAAAUUCCGAAUUUUCAGCAGGAAGAUGCUGGUUUAUAUGAAUGUGUGGCUGAAAAUUCCAGAGGGAAGAAUGUAGCAAGGGGACAGCUAACUUUUUACGCGCAACCUAAUUGGAUUCAAAAAAUAAGUGAUAUCCACGUGGCCAUGGAAGAAAAUGUCUUCUGGGAAUGCAAAGCAAAUGGAAGGCCCAAGCCUACAUACAGGUGGCUAAAAAAUGGCGAACCACUGCUAACUCGGGACAGAAUUCAAAUCGAGCAAGGAACACUCAACAUAACAAUAGUGAAUCUAUCCGACGCUGGCAUGUAUCAGUGUGUGGCAGAGAAUAAGCACGGCAUUAUCUUUUCCAGUGCAGAGCUGAAUGUUAUAGCUGUAGGUCCAGAUUUUUCAAGAACGCUCUUGAAAAGAGUAACUCUUGUGAAAGUGGGAGGUGAAGUUGUCAUUGAGUGUAAGCCAAAAGCUUCUCCAAAACCUGUGUACACCUGGAAGAAAGGAAGGGACGUAUUAAGAGAAAACGAAAGAAUUACCAUUUCUGAAGACGGAAACCUCAGAAUCGUCAACGUGACUAAACCAGACGCGGGGAGUUACACGUGUAUAGCCACUAACCAUUUUGGAACUGCUAGCAGUACUGGAAACUUGGUAGUAAAAGAUCCAACAAGGGUAAUGGUGCCCCCUUCCAGCAUGGACGUCACCGUUGGAGAAAGUAUCGUUCUGCCGUGCCAGGUGACUCACGAUCACUCCCUAGACAUCGUGUUUACUUGGUCAUUUAAUGGACACCUCAUAGACUUCGACAAAGAUGGGGACCACUUUGAAAGAGUUGGCGGGCAGGAUUCAGCUGGUGAUUUGAUGAUCCGAAACAUCCAGCUGAAGCAUGCUGGGAAAUACGUCUGCAUGGUCCAAACGAGUGUGGACAAGCUAUCUGCUGCUGCCGACCUGAUUGUAAGAGGUCCCCCAGGCCCCCCUGAGGCUGUGACCAUAGACGAAAUCACAGACACCACAGCUCAGCUCUCCUGGAGACCCGGACCUGACAACCACAGCCCCAUCACCAUGUACGUCAUUCAAGCCAGGACUCCAUUCUCCGUGGGCUGGCAAGCAGUCAAUACAGUCCCAGAACUCAUCGACGGGAAGACGUUCACUGCGACUGUGGUGGGUUUAAACCCUUGGGUGGAAUAUGAAUUCCGCACAGUCGCAGCCAAUGUGAUUGGAAUCGGGGAGCCCAGCCGCCCCUCAGAGAGACGGAGGACAGAAGAAGCCCUCCCUGAAGUCACCCCAGCUAACGUCAGUGGUGGAGGAGGCAGCAAAUCUGAACUGGUUAUAACCUGGGAGACAGUCCCCGAGGAGUUGCAGAAUGGGAGAGGCUUUGGUUACGUGGUGGCCUUCCGGCCCUACGGCAAAAUGAGCUGGAUGCUGACGGUGCUGGCCUCUGCCGACGCCUCCAGAUACGUGUUCAGGAACGAGAGCGUGCGCCCCUUCUCUCCCUUUGAGGUCAAAGUGGGCGUCUUCAACAAUAAAGGGGAAGGCCCCUUCAGUCCACCCACAGUGGUGUAUUCUGCAGACGAAGAACCCACCAAACCACCAGCCAACAUUUUUGCCAGAAGCCUCUCUGCCACAGACAUUGAAGUUUUCUGGGCCUCCCCCCUGGAAAAGAACAGAGGACGCAUACAAGGUUAUGAGGUUAAAUAUUGGAGACAUGAAGACAAAGAAGAAAACGCUAGAAAAAUACGAACAGUUGGAAAUCAGACAUCGACAAAAAUCACCAACUUAAAAGGCAGUGCACUGUAUCACUUAGCUGUCAAGGCGUACAAUUCCGCUGGGACGGGCCCCUCUAGUGCAACAGUUAACGUGACAACCAGAAAGCCACCACCAAGUCAGCCCCCUGGAAACAUCAUAUGGAAUUCAUCGGACUCCAAAAUUAUCCUGAAUUGGGAUCAAGUGAAGGCCCUGGAUAAUGAGUCGGAAGUAAAAGGAUACAAAGUCUUGUACAGAUGGAACAGACAAAGCAGCACAUCUGUCAUUGAAACAAAUAAAACAUCGGUGGAGCUUUCUUUGCCAUUUGAUGAAGAUUACAUCAUAGAAAUCAAGCCAUUCAGCGAUGGGGGCGAUGGCAGCAGCAGUGAACAAAUUCGAAUUCCAAAGAUUUCAAAUGCCUACGCAAGAGGAUCUGGGGCUUCCACUUCGAACGCGUGUACACUGUCAGCCAUCAGUACAAUAAUGAUUUCCCUCACAGCUAGGUCCAGUUUAUGA